GGACUGGGUAUAAAAAGUCAGUUUUGGAUCAUUUUGGUAUUACAAACAUUCAAAUCACCAACAGCCAAACAACUACUUUUCAACUACUUCAUUUGGAAACUUUUUCCACCAAACUUUGUAAAAAAUCAUGCAGACCAUGAAGGUUAUCAUUUUGCUCGGAGCCGUUGUUGCCAUGGCCCACGCAGCACCAGAAUCUCUUCACGGAGGUAAUUCUCAAUAUGGGAAGGCUGUAAGCAACUCGAUCUCAUCUGCCGACCAACCCCCCACAUCAUCCGCCCAGAAUGCCUUCCUGAACAUUGUGAGUGGGGACAGUCUUGCGUGGUGCGGGGGCUACACGGCGCCCGAAUGCAGCAACGCCUGCUACUGGCUCGGCUACCGAUGCUAUCGAUGCACAUCCAGCUUUUGUGAAUGCUCCCAAUCUGGGUGUUAAAUAAUUAAUUUAUAUUAACAUAUGGUUAUUGCACACCACAUUUUUCACAUUUUUAUUUUGUGCAGCUAAGGAAAUAUGAUCCUAAAUAUGAAAUAAAAAUAUACAAUAGGGAGUUUGCAUGAAUGUUUCCGUGGACCCUGAACGUGGCGUAGAACCGUAGAUUUUCAUACUACGUCGACGUUGCGUUGUGACAGUUUGCAAAUUCACGUCCGUGCGUAAACCGUAACGUAAAAACGCAUCUUUUUUGUACGUUGCACGGUUACGGAAUUAUAGUUUGCAAUUCCACAAUUAAAUAAAUACGUAAUUAUGUUUUCUUCUCAUUUUUACUCCUGGUUGUGAAUUAUUUUUGAAUUAUCAACAAAAAUUUUUGUUGAUGCAAAUUUUAAAAUUAAAUAUGUAUCACCUUACUCGAAAGAACUUGAGAGCGUUAUUUCUUCGAGGAGUUAUUUCAUUCCCAGAUUAUGUGAGAUUUACGAAAUUGAGAAACUACCACGUCCGACGAAGUUUCAAAACCCUUCCCAGCAUUAACUUAGAUAGUGGCGGAGAUAAGCGACCUGGACUGUGAAAUAAACUUCAGAUUCAAGUGCCACGAGAUCCGACGCCUCCUGGUAGCAUUACGCAUACCAAAAAUAUGUAUUUUACCAUGUGGUCAUAAAUUCGCCGGGCUUGAAGGACUAUUGAUACUGUUGAGAAGAUUAUGCUACCCUAAUAGAUUGCACGAUUUAGAAAUUACUUUCAACAGGGACUACAGCCUUCUCUCAAGGAUAUCAAACUGGAUGACUGAAUAUAUACACGGGCAAUUUUCACAUCUUCUGAGGUCACUGAAUAGUCACGAAUGGCUAACUCCGAUGAAGCUGCAGGAAUUUGCUGAUACACUUGUCAAUUCUGGGUGUGCCUAUCCAAAUGUAGUAGGUUUUAUUGAUGGUACCGCACGCCCAAUUUGCCGGCCAAGUAUCAAUCAAAGACAAGUUUACAGUGGUUAUUACAAAACACACACACUGAAGUACCAAUCAAUAAUGCUGCCAAAUGGAAUCAUUGGAAGGUUGGAUGGGCCCUUUAACGGACGAAGGCAUGACUCCGCUAUUCUCGGACUUAGUGGUCUAAUUGAAGAAUUAGAACGCAAAUUUGUACAGAACGACGGUUCCUGGUACACUCUGUACGGAGACCCCGGGUAUGCAAAUCAAAAAUUUAUAAAAAUUGGAUACAAGAACAAUUCCCGAAAUCCAUUGACGAUUCAGCAAAAAAAUUUCAAUCGAGACAUGUCAGCACUGAGAGUUCACGUUGAGUAUGGUUUUGGCAAAGUUAUUCAGUUGUUCGUCUUCUUGGACUAUAAGAAAAACCAGAAACUUCUACUUCAAUGUCUGAGGAAGCAGUACGAUGUUGCCGUAAUUCUAUCAAACUGUCAUACGUGUUUAAGAGGAAGUCAAGUAACGAAGUACUUUGGAUGUGCACCACCGGAACUAGAGGAAUAUCUUCACUAAAAUUGUUUUUUUAUUUUGGAACUAAAGUGUACAAGAAUUGGUUAACUAUGAAUAUA